AAGGCAUGGAUAGCCUAGCCAAUAUCCCGGUAGUCAGAAUUUAUUACGUUAGGCUUAUUCAUGUUUUUGAUACAGUAUUUGCAAAGUCAUAAAAUUUAGUGAUUUUGAUUAUUAUGGUCUGCCUGCUUUAGGCGAUUCUGAGCUUGCCCACACUUGAUAUGGCCAUCUUUCAAUUGAUUGAAAACGCGUUUGCGGCCGACGCGGCCAUGGUGUGCCAGUAGUAGAGAUGGCGACGAGGGGAACCCGGCAGCGGAACAGACGAGGAAGCAAACAAGACGCAAAUAACGUGAAUUCCAACAUUGCAAGUGAUACCCGUAUAACCAAAGACGAAAAAGGGAUCGAAGACAAUAAAACUCCAGAAAUACGGAAUGAGACCUCCAGCAAGGCAGGCCAGGUAUGGGCACCUGAGGGCUCCACUGCUUUCAAGUGCCUGGUGUCAGCCCGCUUCUGUGCUGCCUUGCUCAGUAACAUCUCCGAUUGUGACGAGACCUUCAACUACUGGGAGCCUACACAUUACCUGCUGUAUGGCAAAGGGAUGCAGACGUGGGAGUACUCCCCGGCUUACGCCAUCCGGUCUUACGCCUACCUGUGGCUGCACGCCCUGCCCGCCUGCUUUCACGCCAAGAUACUGCAGACCAACAAGGUCCUGGUGUUCUACUUCCUGCGCUGUGUGCUGGCGUUCACCUGCUGCGUCUGUGAGCUCUACUUCUACAAAGCCGCGUGUAAGAAGUUUGGUCUCCACGUAGGACGGCUGAUGCUGGCCUUCCUUGUCCUGAGUGCCGGAAUGUUCUGCUCCUCUGCAGCCUUCCUGCCCAGCACUUUCUGCAUGUACAGCACGAUCGUGGCUAUGACAGGCUGGUUUCAGGACAUGCCCAGUUUGGCCAUCCUAGGCGUGGCAGCAGGGGCCAUCGUGGGCUGGCCCUUCAGUGUCCUUUUGGGGUUGCCUAUUGCCUUUGACCUGCUGCUGCUGAAACGCAGAUGGAAGAGCUUCAUUACCUGGACUCUGGUGUCCCUGCUUCUGUUCCUGGCCCCUGUGGUGGCAGUGGACAGCUAUUACUAUGGAAAGCUGGUGAUCGCUCCCCUCAACAUCAUCCUGUACAACGUGUUCACUCCGCAUGGCCCCGAUCUCUACGGCACAGAGCCCUGGCAGUACUACUUUGUGAACGGUUUCCUGAACUUUAACGUGGUGUUCGUGCUGGCCCUGCUCUCCCUGCCUCUCACUGCGCUGAUGGAAGCCCUGCUUCAGAGGUUUAAUGUGCAGAACCUGGGCCGGCCCUACUGGCUCACUCUCUCUCCCAUGUACCUGUGGAUGCUGGUGUUCUUCACGAGGCCCCACAAAGAGGAGCGCUUCCUCUUCCCCAUCUACCCCCUCAUCUGCCUGUGCGGGGCUGUGGCCCUGUCAUCACUGCAGAAGUGCUACCACUUCCUGUUCCAGCGCUACCGUUUGGAGCACUACACAAUCUCCUCCAACUGGCUGGCCCUGGGGUCUGUGCUGCUGUUUGCGGUUCUGUCGCUGUCUCGAUCCGUGGCUCUUUUCAGAGGCUACCAUGCCCCUCUGGACCUGUAUCCUGAGUUUCACCGCAUCGCCAAGGACCCUACCAUUCACACCGUUCCAGAGGGGAGGCCGGUCACCGUGUGCGUGGGCAAGGAGUGGCACCGAUUCCCCAGCAGCUUCCUGCUGCCCAACAACUGGCAGCUCCAGUUUAUUGCGUCUGAAUUUCGGGGGCAGCUCCCCAAGCCCUAUGGCCCAGGCCCCCUGGCCACACGGGCCCUCCCCUCCCACAUGAAUGACCAGAACAUGGAGGAGCCGUCCAGAUACGUGGACAUCAAGCACUGCCACUACCUGGUGGACCUGGACACAGAGACGGAGGCCCCUCGCGAGCCGCGCUACGCCGCCAACAAGGAGGACUGGAGCAUCGUGGCCUACAAGCCCUUCCUGGACGCUGCCAGGUCUUCUCGCUUGCUCCGGGCGUUCUUUGUCCCGUUCCUGUCGGAGCAGUACACCACUUACAACAGCUACGUCAUCCUCAAACCCCGCCGGCCCAAGCAAGCCAGGAAACGGACACAGCCCUGACCCCCCCGACCCCCGAUCCCAACCGCACACACGC